GGGAGAGGAGCAUUGCGAGGUGAGGACGGGACCGGCCUGGUUUACUCCACCACUCCACGCCGUUAUUCCAAACCAACGACACCAUUCUCCAGCAAGAUGAGGUGUUGGGCGACAUUUGUACUGUUCCUGGUGGCUGGACUGCAAUUCGUGCCUGGGAAGGGUCAACAGUAUGGGAGCGGCAUUGGGUCUAGCCAGACGGGAUCAUCUGGCACAGGCACAGUAGGGAGUGGUUCCGGCUCUGCUUCUUCCCAAGGGUCGUUGGGCUCGGCGGGAAGCGGUUCUGCAUCUGGCCAAGGGGUGGGACAGUCUGGCAGUGGUGCCGCUGGCAGUGGCUUCGCUGGUUUUGCAGGCGCUGGGCGUCCCUCGGGUGCCGGUGGAGCGGCCUUUGCUGGAGCUGCUGCAGGACGGGGAGUUGCCGGCUUCCCUGGGUUCGGUGGUGCCACUGGCACCGGUGGCCCUGGGUUCGGUGGUGCCACUGGCACCGGUGGCCAAGGUGGUGCCGCUUCUUUCCAGCGGGGCACAAGCGUCAUCCGGCAACAGGCCACACCGACAGUCACUGUGACUGUGACCAUUGACAGGUUCACCACACUCACGGACAUUGUGUUUAACAGCUACAGUGUGACCCUGACGCAGUUUGUGGUGGAGACUGCAACUAGGCCUGUCCAGCAGGUUGUGGUAACGCCCGUCAAUGACCAGGUGGCCAUCGCCACCACUGUGAUCUACCGCCCAGAAUACGUCACCCUCACGGAAACCAAAUCUGACUUCCGCCUGGACGUGAGAACGUCAGUCAGCCACGUCACUCUCACCCACACCUCCUACAACAUCAUCCACAUGCCCUUCACAAUUACGGCCACAGAAACCGUGCACCUGACCUCCCCGGUGGUGAGGACCGUCAUCAACACACAGCGGCAGGUGGUGACUGACUACCGCACCAUUGUCAACACUGUCUACGUCCGUGGGGGAUACCACUAAGCCUUACUAUGUUAUAUUGUUUGAGGUUUAUUUUCAUGCGUAAAUUAAUAAUAAAGUUUACAUGAAUGGUCAA